AUGAGUAGUUCAAAGAGAUCUAUUGAUCAAGAAAAUGAAGGUGGUGAUACAAACAACAAUAAUAAUAAUAAUAGUAGUGUGAAAAAAGUAAAGGUGGAUAAUGAGAGAGACGUUACUCCACCACCACCACCACCACCUUCUUCUUCUUCACCUCCACCACCCCCACCGCCACCAAAAGAAGAAACGCAUUCAACGGUCGUAGUUGACAAUAGACGUCCAAUGUUGGAGGUGGAUGAUGACGGUGACGAAGAAGAUGAUCCAGCGGCAUUCAUUAACAAAUCGAAAAAGAACAUACACAGAGCAAGAAGAGACUGUCCCUAUCUUGACACUGUCAAUCGUACGGUACUCGAUUUCGACUUUGAAAAGAGUUGUUCCGUUUCGUUUGUGAAUCUCAAUAUCUAUGCAUGUCUAGUGUGCGGUAAGAAGUUCCAAGGAAAGAGUCCUGGUUCUCAUGCACACUACCACUGCAUGCAAUCGAAUCAUCAUGUAUUUAUCAACCUACACAACCAGAAGAUCUAUUGUCUUCCCGAUGACUAUGAAGUUGUCGAUUCAUCUUUAGAUGAUAUCAAAUAUCUAGUUAAUCCUACAUUUACAAAAGAACAAAUUGCAUUGUUUGACAAGAGUACCAAAUACUCUAGAGCAUUGGAUGGUACAUCUUAUCUGCCCGGUUUCAUUGGUCUUAACAACAUCAAAAAGAACUCCUAUAUCAAUGUUGUCAUACAAUCAUUGGCUCGUGUUUCAAUGAUUCGUAACUAUUUCAUUAAUCAAGAUAAUCUAAAGAAUUGUAAAUCAGCAUUGGUAAAUAACUUUGGAGAGUUACUUAGAAAGAUUUGGAAUCCACGUAACUUCAAAGGUCAUGUAUCGCCACAUGAAUUGAUACGUGUGGUUCAAAGUGCAUCGACUCGUUUCACGAUUAGCAAUGAAAGCGAUCCACUCGAAUUCCUACAAUGGUUUUUAAAUUCACUUUCAUAUGAUUUAAAUGUAAUGAAUGGUGUUGAUACUAAACAACAAAACAGUAAUAGUAACAUAAUUCAACAGGCAUUCAGUGGAGAGAUUCAACUAACAGUUACACCACCACCAAAAUCAUCGGGCUCAGAGACAACAACAGCAGCAGCAGCAACAACAAAACCAACAUCAAAAACAAGUCGUGAGAAAGAACCAACCAUUGUAAACUUUCCACUUAAAAACCUGGAUCUUAAAGAUUAUCUCUCGCCUGAUGUGCUAAAGACUUGUAAAUCUACCAAAUAUAAUUUGCUGUCGAAUAUCAAACAUGAAGGUGAGCCAGACGCUGGUAACUACACAGUAUAUCUACACAAUAAGGGAUUCGAUAAGUGGUUUGAAAUUCAAGAUUUGACAGUGAAAGAAACACUCCCACAACUUGUGGCUGUGUCCGAAGCAUACCUUUUAUUGUCAGCAAAAACCAAAACUCUUGCAAGCGUUUUCAAUUUUGAGGUGACGAUAUUAAAAAUUUCCAUAGAUCAAUAA